CGACUCGCCCUCCCCUAGCCGCCUGAGCCUUCGCUCCACUCACCGGGUCCCCUCCCCGCCAGCAACACGGCUUCGGCUGCUCCGCGCUGCGACAGGGGCUUCCCCUCAACCUCCGCCUCCGCCGGCCAAGCUCUGCCGCACCAGCGGCCCGCGGCCGCCAUGCAGUUUAUGUUGCUUUUUAGUCGUCAGGGAAAGCUUCGACUGCAGAAGUGGUAUGUCCCAUUAUCAGACAAAGAGAAGAAAAAGAUCACAAGGGAACUUGUUCAAACUGUUUUAGCACGGAAACCUAAAAUGUGCAGCUUUCUUGAGUGGCGAGAUCUGAAGAUUGUUUACAAGAGAUACGCUAGUCUGUAUUUUUGCUGUGCUAUUGAGGAUCAGGACAAUGAACUCAUUACCCUGGAAAUAAUUCAUCGUUAUGUGGAAUUACUUGACAAGUAUUUUGGCAGUGUGUGUGAACUUGAUAUCAUCUUUAAUUUUGAGAAGGCUUAUUUUAUUUUGGAUGAGUUUCUUUUGGGAGGGGAAGUUCAGGAGACAUCCAAGAAAAAUGUCCUUAAAGCAAUUGAGCAGGCUGAUCUACUGCAGGAGUUUCAGGAGGUUCUUGGAGUCCCUAGAAAUUCAUCUCCGGACACUCUAAGCCACGUCAUGAAUAUUUUAAUGUCCCAGUGUACUAAAUGACUCCUCGACGCGUAUGCAGUCUCACAGAGGAAAUAGAAAGCUGAUAUACUUAUGAAAGAAAAUAUCCUCAGCUUGGUGACCAUCUUAUAAUAAUAGAAUGUUUCAGAAUCAGUACCUUUACAAUUGUAAUUGUUUCCUGUUCUUAGUCCUCUUUUCUGUUUUAUUUUCAUUCUAUAUGUGAUCUUGAUGUAGCUUACUCCUGCUUGCAGCUAGCUUAAUUUCUUCUGAAAAAAUGUGACCUAUGAAUGUUUUCGUAAUAUUUCAUCUUAAACACAUCCAUGUCACUUGUGAACCGUUUGUGAUUAAUCUUGUAAGAGGCAAACCUAGCCAUUGUUACAGUGUUUGCCAAAGAAAAUACAGCUGAAAUGCUAGGUUUCAAUAAGCAGUGCCAUAAUAUAUAGUGUGGUUUGGUCUUCAAAUGUUGGGGGGGGGGGGACUAUAUUUAGUGCGACUAUAUUAUAGUCUGUAUGAGCUAAUGUGUUUUAAUGUAUCACAUUACAAGUGUGUUCGGAAAUACUAGUAAAAUCUACAAUUACAUCAUUUAAGGUAAAAGAUGCACAGUUUUUAAGAAAUUUGUAAUGCCACAUUUAUUGAAUCACAUGUGUGCUGUAUAAUACCAAACAAUCCCUUUAAGAACUAUCAGAAAGCUAUGUCAGAAAAAUCUCACCUGCAAUAUCUGAUAGUAAGUAACCCUUUCAAAAUAUUCCUACUGAGUUUCUAUAGUCAGAUUCGAAUGUUUGAAUAGGUUUAAAUACUUAUAUCAUACCGGUUAUGGUUUUAUCUUAUUGUCUUCAUUUAAAAUACUUAAUGAUUUGUUAACUAUGGUUUUAUAUUUCUGAAUAUUAAAACCUUUCAUAUUGAUCAUUAUUGUGUAUACUUUUAGUAAAACAUGCAACAUACUUGAUUAUAAAAGGAAAGUACCAAAUAACUCAUUAUUUAUACCUAGAGAGUGUAAAGCCUGAGUUCAGUAAGCUGUCAUUAAACAGUAAAUUCAAGACGCUUACACUGGCUUGCCACCGAAAGAAGACCUAUGAAAAUGUGUGUGAGGCAGGCAUGCAAAGCAGUGCUCACCAUUCACCAUAGCACCUGGAUGGGCUAGCAAAUGAAUUUAGCAUUAUACAUUGAAAGCGUUGCAAAACAUUGGUCUUUCAUUUCCAUUUUCCCCCUCCAUCCCGCUCCCUGCCCUGUAAUGUAUUAUUUACCUGGUUUUAAUGCUGCAUAAAUAUGCAUUGUCUCAUGCCUGUUUGUUCUGGAUGCUGUGUGUUGAGCUGUUGUAACAAGAUGUUGCUUGUUUUGUUUUCUGUAUACAGCUGCUUGCUUUGAAUUAGUAGAUUCUGAAAUAGCAUUCCUUGCAUGUCUGAAAUAAAAAUAUUGCAUGUACUUUGUCUCAUGUGAAUGACUUUUUCUUCUCCAUCGCUUUUGAUAAUGUAUUUCACAUUUUAGUUUUUCCAGAUAAUGUUUUUAGUUGUGGUAAACAAAAACAAAAACACGUAACAGAAUUUACCAGCUUAACCCUUUUUAAGUGCACAGUUCAGUAGUGUUGAGCAUAUUCGCAUUGUUGUGACAAAUCUCCAGAAAUUUUCAUCUUGCAAAACCGAAACUCUGUACCCAUUAAACAACUCUCCAUUUCCCUCUUCCCCUAGCCCUUGGGUAACCACCAUUCUACUUUCUAUGUAUUUAUGAAUUUGACUCUUGGGUAAUGGUUUUCCUAGGCAAUUUUGAGCUACAGUUUCAGUGUGAACAUGUGAAAAUUACACUUUAUGUUAUAAACACAAUUUGAAAAAAACUACUGUACUAUCUGUACAAAUCUCAAAGGAAUAAAAUGUGUAAAUAACUCUGGGUCUUUUUAAAAAGACAAGUGUUUUAAAUAAUGCAUAUUUGAAACGCAACAUGGUUCUCCUGAAGAAAUGCAAUGUAAGAUUGAUUGGCAUAGGCAGCGAGCACAUAGAAGAAAUCAGCUCCAGAGAGUAGGAUUGUGGACAUUUUUACAUGGGUAAGCUUAAGACUGUUCAAUGUAUAGAACUUGAUGUAGGC